UGUAAAUGAGCUUUCAAAUUACAUACAUAAAAUUGACUGAAGACAAGAUAUACAUCUACUCUCAGCUUCAAAUAUUGAACAAGUGGUGCUUUGGUAUGUAGAGAACCAGCAAUUUCCAAUUUGUGCUGUGUGUUCUAUGGAUCCCGAAUGACGUCCAUGACUAUUCUAAUAUUAGAUAUUUUGAGUGGAUGAAGUUUGGACUUUCGACUCGGAGUGUUGUGCUCUGUUAUGAAGGUUGAAAUCUGUAUCCGGAUAAGUGUAGGCAUUUCACUCGGACGGAAUUUGGGCGGAACUGGCGCUACACUUGCGAAUGCGACAGUACCCAAAGUACUGCGAUUGAAUUUCACAUGAUUUGCCGUUUGAUUACACCUGAGUAUUUGUGUAUGGCCGAUAGUAGUUGUAGUGUCUCAACUGUGUGUGAGGCAACUGCAGAAACACGCCAUGUGACUGAGUACUCAAUCACCGGUACCCACUAGUGGGUUACCAGCCGAAACCGAUGACAGAGGGCCAGUUAUGCAAUGGCACACCCUCGUCGGACUCCGAAGGCACCAUGGAAGGAGAGGACGUCGUUGAGAGGAGUGCAUCAUGGAAUAGGUUUUUUGAGUCCGUCGCCGAUAUGGGGGAACUAGAGGCAGGCGGGUGCGAUGCUAACGCAAACAAAACCGAUGGAAAAGAAGUGAUGCCUUGCUCUGAAAACGAAGACAACAAAAAUGCCCUCUGUGGUGAUCGUGUCGUUCAGAUGACCAAGACCUACAAUGACAUCGACGCAGUAACCAGACUUCUGGAAGAGAAAGAGAAAGACUUGGAGCUUGCCGCCAAGAUUGGCCAGUCCUUACUAGAGCAGAACAAACAGCUGGAGAAACGCAUUGAUGCCAUCGAGGAACAAUUCACGCUAGCUGCUGACCAGAAUACGCAAUUGAAGCACGAUAUGAAGCUCAAAGAACAGUUACUCAGGAUCUACACAAAUGAGGUCAGCUACAGUGACUCGGAAGACGACACAGCUCAAUGUCACGACAGAAGCCAUGCUGUCCAGUCCAAGUUUAUCAACGUGGAAGCGCUGCAGAAGAAAGUCCGCAUCUUGGAGGAGGAGAACUUCCAGCUCAGGAUGGAAACGGCUGAGAUGAAGACUAAGACAGUCAGCAUCGAGGAGAAAGAGGCACAGUUGGUCCAGGAUGCUUUCAAACAGCUAGGUGAGGCACAGGGCCGGGAGGGGGUGCUUACUGAGGAGCUGAGCCGGAGGUUGGAGGAAACUUAUCAACAGAAAGAUGAGAUCACAUGCCUGCUGACCCAGGUGGUGGAACUGCAACAGAAGGUCAAAAAGUUGUCCAUUGAGAAUGAGGAGUUACAGCACCAACAUCAUGCAUCUAGGGAGGCACAGCAGUCACUCACCAAAGAGUUACAAGAAUCCCGAGACAAAGCUGAUGAAUACUUCACCAUGCUGAACGAGGCUAGGUCCGAGGCUAAGGAGAUACACCGACGUUCCCUACCAAAGGGCAACCUACAGCAAUAUUGCAUGAACCCAUUACCAGUCUUCCCAGCGGAUUCCUUGGCCGCUGAGCUAAUCGACACCGUGGAGCAGGAGCUAGCCGGAUCAAAUUCCAAACUCAGCAGACGAGGCAAUAAAAGAGAACAGAACAAGAGCAUCAUGCGGUCGGUGAAGGACCUGAACCGUGCCUCCAAUAGCCGCGCUCCGUCGGAGUACAGCGAGGACAUCUACAGCAGUCGUCGCACGUCACCAGGGAGCUCGACCAUGUCUUUGGCGGGGUCGACUCUGAGUGAGGCACCGCUGAGCGAACAGUAUGAGGGGGAUAACGAGUCUAAUAACAGCCCGUCUGGCUCUGUGCAUCACCUUGGCCGGGCAGGCAUCCCGGGCUCCAACGACUUAGAAACCGCCCUCCGUCGCCUGAACCUCCGCAAGCAGAACCAAGACGCGGAAGCCAAGUACGCAGAGGAGGAGAAACUGCGUCUCUUGCAGGAGUCGGACCAGGGGACAGGGGGCUCCCGGACCCCUACCUGCCCGUCGCCGGGAAGUAUCUGGUCAACGGAGAGCUUCGCUGGGUUGCCGCCGAUGAGUGGGCACGGCUUCAGGUCCUACAUGCCGGAGAAACUGCAGAUUGUCAAACCGAUGGAAGGUUCCUUGACGUUGUACCACUGGCAGCGUUUAGCUCAGCCUCACAUGGCCAGCAUGUUAGAUUCCCGGCCUGGUAUCAUGGUCAAAGGCUUCCGUGAGCUGGAGAGAGACAUGAACUCCAUCUACUCCAUGGAUGAUGUGGAGGAUGAUGGUAGAGUCAUCGAAAGGACUUGCGUUCCCAGUAAAUGCUUUGUCAAUUCUUCAAGUACGUACACCUAUACCACAAGCACCAUCGGCCUACUGGAUAACACGCUGCUCACCUCCAGUACCCAAGGUCCCAGGAUGGCCAACACUGAAUACAUCAGCAAGACACCUAAGCCUGUGGCUGCCAAGACGUUCAGCACCUCGCUGGGCCUAGCCCAGGUCUUGAAGGAACGGGACGUGGACCAGUCCACCGAGCCCAAGGUCCUGACCAAGGUCGAAGCAGCUGCCAUCAACCCAGCUGGGGUCAACGCUGGAUUGAACAUGUUUGGUGCCUCGACGCACGUACCAUUGAAGAGCGCCUCGGAGGCCAAAAGGGAAGGCGCAUCACCGUUGAAUUUGGAGGAAGAGCCGCAACGGAUGCACCGCAUCUCCAGCAGGAUCUUCUCCCGUUUCGCCGUACCGGUGCGCUCCAAGAACAUCACGGAUGCACUGGACCCGGAGACCAAGACUCGUUUAAUGGAAAAGGUCCGGAAGAUCCGUGCUGAGAAGGAGACCUCGGAGCAUCGGGCGCGGACGCUGCAACGCCGGCCCAGCAUACCGAGCGUACGCACCCGGGACGUCGUGAUGAGUCCCGUUCGGACGCCCAGGUCAUCCGCACCUGGCUCCUCAUCAUCAGCACUGUCUGUAGAGAGUUCCUGCAUGGGUAUAGAGGGAGCCGUCAGUGGCUACAGUCCACCAGGGGUCUUCGGCUCGCAUACUGGAACAGUCCACCGUAGCAGUGGCCUCAGCACUGACUCUAAAGACUCUAAAGUCCCAAGAAAACUCUUCUUAUCUGACGACUCGGGAAUUGAACUUGGAUUCGGUACCACCAUGCCCGCACCAACCGUGACUGUUUCUAAUCCCCCAUUUCAAAUGACCUUCACGGGAACUGUUUCUACCACCUGCAGUGUGCCGGGCUUUAAUACUGUUCUAUCAGGCUCAAUUCACUCAAACUCCAUGUCAAGUUUAUCUAGUUCGGCCAAAUCAACAAGUGUAUACAGUAAUAAGGGUAGUCAAUCCAACAGUUCAGCGCUCAGGAGCCAACCGGGUUCCCAUGGUGCCGGCUUACUCGGUGCACUCGGCUCCACGGAGACUGUUUCUAGUCUCCUCAAGCAACAGGGUCCUCGCAGCACAGGCCAAAAGUCCACUGUUUCUAGUCACCCCAGAUCUUCUGGAAUCCACACGUACGGUCAAGGUGUAAUGAGCUCUGGUGCCCAAUUGUCAUCAGCUCAACAGGGUUGCGCUUCCCUUAUACCAUCGGGGAGUACGACUAGCCGGCCACGUUCGUCAGUCAUGCCUAUUUAUUCAAAAUCAACAGAAACAUCUCAAUCACUGGUACCCGGUGUAGGACUAGCAUCACUACUCGGUGCAUCCAGACCGUCUGUGCUUCCCAUCGGAGAACAAAAGAAAGAAGGGCAGAGCCAAAACGAAGGUUCGGCCGCGCAAGCCACAGCCCAACGGAUCACAAGUCCCAUAUCAAUGCUGGCAGGACACCUCCCCUCUUUAAACAGCGCCCGUAAGCCAGACCCUACGCUAUAGCAGAAGAACAAUGUAUGCAAACGCGCCAGUGUGUGUUUUAGAUUUAGUCGACAGAAGUGUCUGCGUGUCAGAGUUAACUUAUAAAGUACAAAGUUGAAUGCUUAAAACUGUAAAGUAUAACAAAUGGAGUGCUAUUUGUGAUGGUUAAAUUCAGUCAAACUGAAAAACCAUUCAAUGCAACGGAUACUGAAUCAUUGCCGAUGUUUAACAGGAUUAAACUGAAGUUGAUAAAGCUGGGCUACGGUACAAGCAGACGUGAAACGGCUUGUAAAAACUAGUAAAAAGCCACACAGAACAAGUGUCAUUUGUCCGCUAACAGAACCCUUUUGUAAAAUGCAAUGAUCCUGAAAAGGGCGCAGGUGCUGUGACCACAAAAUCAUCAGCUUAUCAGUCAAGUAGAAAAUCUUGCCAAGCAGAUUAUGUCCACGCUAAGCAAACUUAGCGGAAUACCAGUCACAAGCAGUGUACAUUGCAUGGUGUUUUAGCUGGUGACCUGCUUUGGUAAGCACAUAUCUGUACCUAGCAAAUUUGUCCAUGCUUAGCUGCUCAUUGAUAUUGACCCCUGGAAACUACAGCGGUGACAAUAAAUGCAGUUUCUAAAUUCUUUUAAAAGCAAAUUUUAGCAAAUUUUGCUUUUGUCAAGAAACUUGAGGAUGUAUUUCCAAACCAAUGUUCUGUUAAAUCACAAUUUGAAUUUUUGAAAUGGAAUUUACUUAUUUUAAUCAGAGAAGCAAUAUUGCAGCAGAUUUAAGAAUUUUUGUUACUUUGUGAUUUGAAAUUUUCAAAAAUUUAUUGAGUGAAUGAUUUUUAUUUUGAUACUCUUAACUUUUUAUGCUGCGCAAACAGUUUUAAGUUCCAAAAAGUGCAAUAUAAGUUUGGUUUACGUUAUUGCUGUAAAUGUGUGCUUUCCGUUGUUUGUUUGUUUUGUUUGUUUUGUUUUAAGAUUUGCGUAUGCUCAGGAACGGCCAUGUGCAACUUGAGGAAUCAGAAACGAAAUGGCAGUGAAGUUAUUUUAUUUGGCGUUGUUAAAAAGUCUUUUUGUGCAGCGUGCUUUUGCAACUGUCAAGUGACAAACAUUUGCACAGCUCAUAAGCAGUCAUUGUUUUGUUUUUUGCAGGGAUUUGAGUUUUAAUAAUUAAAGCAACUUCAACUUAUUCAGGAACUCUCCUAGGUUGCAGUAUUGUACUCUUCACUCUAAUCUCCACACUUUUAUGAAUUGAGAAAUACCACCUGAGCAGACAUAGACAGCCUGUCUCAAUUCAUAUCUGGGACGAGUUCUCAACAAGUUCCGGACAUUGUAUCGGGUAUAAGCUGCAGGAUUCUGAACAACUUCCCCGCAAUCUUCCCGCAAUGAAGUUAUCAGUAUUGGUGAAUCAAGCAGUUGCUGACAAAAAAAUUUCGGAACAUGGCCGGGACAGAUGCAGAAUUUCUGCCCGACAAAGUGAACGAUUCUACCCGUAACUUAUCCGAAACUCGUCCCAGUUACGAAUUGAAAUGGGCCUCAUAUCUUUAUCAAUUACUAUCAAAUCCUUUUUGCAGACUUAACCCCACCCCCCCCCCCAUUUAUUGCCCUGUCGCUGUCACCACUUGUUAAUUUAAUCAUUAUAUGCCUCUGAAGUGAAGACACCGUUCUUCAUUGCUUAAUUCACUCUGAUCUGGUGCAGUUACAUGUUCAUCUGAAAAAUCAAAAACAAGAACUACGUUUUGAGGAUCACUGUCUGUUGUGUUACUUGUCUGUCAUAGGUCUCCCAACCUGAAUUUCAUCUAACACUUCUUAAGGCUUAUUAGUGACGUUCGAAGGACAGUUGAAUAAAUGUGUUUCAUCUGCCUUUACGUGUUCUCCAUCCAGGUUUUCUAUUGCAUGAUGAUUUGAUACAUUUUGAACAACCAAAUAUUGUUUGUUUUUAAAAUACAUGUAGGUAACAAAAAAUGGACACUUAAAAGAACAAUUUCAAGCAAUUGUUAAAAUUCUUUUUACUUUGCUUUUUAACUUCCCCUAAAUUUAUAACUGUAAAAGUAUGUAUGUAUGGACUUAUUAAUGAGUAAACAGUUUUUAGCCCAGUGUACAUGCAUUAAACUGAUAUAUCGUGUGCCCAAGGCUUUACCCCUAAUAUAUGUUCUUAAAUAUCCUUAAUAUAGAAAUCAAGCGUUGGUGUUGAUAUAUAGAGAUUAUAUAAAACGAGACAAAAAUGCCGUAUCUAACAAAUCCCAGAUGAAUUAUUAAAAUAAAUGUAAAAUGUGAGCGUAAAUACAGCACUGUUGAUGUGGGCUGGUGGGAACUUGUUUUGUAACAAAUGUAUUGUCCUUGUUUUGUAUGUUGAUAAACAUGUCUGAGUUGACAAAAAUGUUUUUGCAGUUGAAAAAGUCACUCUUCUAAUCAGUCGUCCUGUCUAGCCUGUUCUCCUUUCGGAAUCCUAUAUCCCUCUUCAAAAACUUGUUCCAGUUA